CUCCAGUCCACUCCCCGUCAAGCCUGUAACCAGCGCAUCCGACUGCGUGAGGAGCAACCAGCAGCAUCUCACCGCCGGCGCCCCGUAUGCAUCUCGCCGCCGACCUGCCCCCGCACCGGGGCCGGGGCGGCCCCGGCGCCGGGCCCAUCGCGCUCGCUUCCGCCCUGCUCCGCCGCGAGAACCACCGCCGCCGCGCGCUCGCCGGCGGGGCCGUCCUCGCCUCCGCGCUGCUCCUCGUCGCCACGCCGCGGCUCCGCCACUCCCCCGCGCUCCACCUCUUCGCCGACAUGCGCAACCUCCUCGGGGUGCCCAACACGCUCAACGUGCUCACUGCCUACCCGCUCCUUCUCGCCGGGGUCCCGGGCCUCAUCCUCUGUCUCUGCGGCAGUGGGUGCUUCGGCGUCAGCUUAAGGUGGGAGGCCUUGGGAUGGUUCCUCUUUUAUGCUGGGAAUGUAGCAGCAGCAUUUGGCUCAGCUUACUAUCACCUCAAGCCAGAUGAUGACCGCUUAAUAUGGGACAGGUUGCCGAUGAUGAUAUCCUCCUCCUCACUUUUGUCAAUAUUGGUAAUUGAAAGAGUUGAUGAGAGGUUUGGACUAUCUUGUUUGAUUUCACUAUUAUCUCUUGUAUUAGUGAGCAGUGCGUGUGAAAGGGUUCUUGAUGAUAUGCGCUUAUGGGUGAUUCUGAAUUUUGUUCCAUGCAUUGCAAUUCCUGCAAUGCUAUUCUUGUUUCCUCCAAAGUAUACACACUCAAGAUUUUGGUUCCUUGCUACAGGCUUUUACCUUCUGGCAAGAUUUGAAGGCCUCGCUGACAGGAAGGUUUACAGUGUGAAUCGGUACUUCAUUAGUGGCCACUCCUUGGAGCACCUUUGCUUCGCCAUGGUGACGUUGAUACUAACUGUUAUGUUGUCCUUCAGAAAUAUUAAGAUUGCCAGGGACUCGUGACCUUUUCGCUGGUUGUAACAUGGGUGCAGAAAUCCUGUGGACAGAUUGUAUGUUUGGAAGACGGCCUCCGGGAAGACCUGAAGAGACGUAGCUAGAAUGCAUACAUGAUGUACUAACUAGUUUGUGGUUUCCUUAUGGAUUGCAGUAUUGCACCUGUUUUAUGAUUUGGAUGCUUGAAAUAGCGAUGAUUAGCAGGAAUUCAAAUAUCUGUUCCGGUC